CUUAAUCAUGCAAUCCUUCCUCAUUGCCUCCCUCCUCGUUGCCAGCGUAUUCGCCCAAUACCAACAGCAACAGUACCAGCAACAGCCAUACAACAAUCAGCAGUAUUCAAACAAUCAAUACCAAACCACCCGAGGAUACAAUCAACAACAACAGUACGGACAAACUAACCAAUUCGGACAAACGACAACUCCACGAUACACUAGCCAAUCAAUGUACGGAACAACACAAUCGGGCCGACAAUUCGAUCAGGCCGGAAAUCAGGUGUUCUUCAACUCUGUCGGACAAUCCUCAGCAGUUCUUUCGCUGGUCGGAGCCGCCGCCUACGCACUUCUCUAAACACGUUUUUUGCAAAUUUAUUUUUAAAUGAAAAUCUGUAAAAUU